UCUUUGCUUUUCGUAGUUGUGUAAAACUAAGCUGGGGGCGCUGGUGUAGAAGGGCUGGGCUAUUGUUUAAGAAGUUUGAAGAACAGGAUGUAAUCAGUUGUGACUAGGGAGCCCAGGGGAGCGUUAGCAUACAACGGCCUUCUCGGUCUCCGUCGAAAUGGAAGGUAAAGGCAAUAAGAGGAUUCGAAGGGAGCCGCCUGAGUCCGCGUGGACUUCCCAGACGGAUAAGACCGUGGACACAGCCUCCGAACUGAAAAGCGUGUCCGAUCUCCAGCCCCAUCCCGCUGUAGAGCCCGAGCCCGAGGCCGAGGCCCUGGCCGAUCGCCAGCUGCAGCCCGCUGUAGAGCCCGAGGCCGAGGCCCUGGCCGAUCGCCAGCUGCAGCCCGCUCUCGAGGGUGAUCCCCAGCCACAGCCCGAGGUUGAGGCAAAUGUCGACGAUGAAGACGAAGAAAAUGACAAUGAAGACGAAGACGCGGAAGAGCCCGAAGGCUUGAUCGCGGCCGCGCUCUCUCUCGCGAUCCAGCAAUCAGGCGGCGCCCUGGUCGCCUACCUGGAAGCGCGUCGCCGGGCCACCAAUCCCCGGCUCCAUCUGCCGCCGCCGGUGCUGCGCGGCCCAGGGUCGCCGUGCGCGGUGUGGAUGACCGCCGCGGAAGUGUACUCUGCCAAUGCCAGCACGUUGGCCGUGAGAUACAAUCCGAACGGCUUAUUUGUGGGACGCGCGACGCAUCACGGCUAUCUCUUGCCGGCGAUCGUCGAUGACAUCAUGUUCUGCUGCUACGUUCACUGGGCAGGAGAUCUGAGAAUCACUCACAACUUCGAGGUGUUGAUCGUGCGGCGAGGGACUGUUGCGUGGAUGCCGGCGCGGGGCAGCGACGUGCCGGAGCAAGCCUUCCCUGUGGGGAUGACACCGACCAGGGAUAUUGUGUACGUGGCGCGCGUGUUCCAGUCCGGCCGCUGGCGCUUGGGCAGAAUUAUGCCAAACGAAGGCGCCUGUGUCUUGCUGUGUAAUGGUGUGGAGAUCGCAGUCGAAGAGUAUGAAGUGCUGUCUCUCACUCUAUAAGAAGACAAGCUUCCGCGACUGGAAGCUACAAUGGUCACAGAUGGGACAUCCUAGAUUGAUAUAAGAAAUAUUGGGACAGGUUUCAAAUAUUAGGGUUAAAGGUUUUUUUAUCAUAAAAUUUUAAAAUUUUAAUUCUUAUGAUCAAAUUAAAUAAUCUCAUACAGUUAUAUAAUCAGAGCACACAUUUUACGGGUAAGGUAUUAAAACAAUGUUAUGCUCCUCAGAAAGAUAAUUUUAUGGUUUUACGUACUACUUUGGGUUUAGCUGUUACUAUUAGCAAUGAGUAUAAAAAUGGCAAUAUACAUGUAAUGAGUAUAUUUUACGUUAUAUUUACAUUGACACGCUGAUAAUGCUAUUGUUCAGCAGGUUUUGGGAUAUAUAAUAUUAUUUUAAAACACGUGUGCAUUAUAUAUCGUUUUGCCACGAAACAUUAUGUACGCUACAUUUUUCACAAUAAAGAAAUUAAUAAUAAUUAGGACUUUAAUGAUACUUGUUUU